AUGUUAAUUAUACAAAAGCGACCUCAGAGCCCCUAUUGUGCUCGGGAUCCGCGCUGUCUGUACCUACUCAAACAUCAAGUCAGAAAUGCAACGUCAUCUAAUGAAGGAACAAAUGAAUCGGACGAGAGUAUUUUUCGCGUAUAUGGUAAUGAAGCACGGGACACAACAAUUGACGGUGGUGACGACCUAGGAACAUUGGAGUGGUGUUUAAGGGUUUGUGGCAGCAUAAGCGAAGAAUCUGAUAUACCACCUCUGACACUUUUAGGUAUAAUACUAUCUUUGUUGCAAAGCGCCAACGAUGACAUAAUUGCCGCUACUCUUGCGGAGAAAUUAGGAUUCUCACACCUCCAUUUUAUAUCCAGAGUGAUUCAUUUCCGUAAGAAUUUGCUUCAGCAAUGGACAUUGCAGCUGCAAUUUGUGGCACAAGGCCUCAUUCGCAACAAGACAAGCACACAUAUGCGCACACAACUCCAAUCUCUACUAUUGAAACUGACCGGCAAUGGUAUGCAGCAUAACCUCAGCAACAUUGAUGAUAUGCUAAGUAAAAUACCGCCUGAGGAGUUGUUAACGGUGUUAUUCACGGGUUCAGAUACCUUCAAGCUCACCGAUACUGCACCUUUUAUUCCUAAAAAAGUGGCAUUGGAUAUUGACCGCGACGAUAACGAGAUAUUUGAGAGAAUAGUGUUACCUCCAAUCCAAAAUCCAAUUGUCGCCAAUGACGAAGAUCUAAUCGCAGUAGAUGCCCUGCCAUUAUGGGCACGAGGAGCGUUUAAGGGCAUUGCAAAAUUUAAUACGAUUCAAUCCAUGGUCUUCCAUACCGCAUUCAACACAUCUCAUAAUAUGUUGCUAUCUGCGCCUACUGGUAUGUUCAUAGCAGUGCCACUCCAACGUAUUCUAGGUUGCGGGAAAACGAAUGUCGCUAUGCUCUGCACCCUACAGAACUUUGGCCUCUUUUUCACGGAAGGUCAUAAGAAAGGAAAGGUUGUAUACAUAGCUCCCAUGAAAGCACUUGCCGCGGAGAUCACAUCUAAAUUUUCGUUGGCUCUGGAGCCGUUGGGCCUAGCUGUACGUGAGGUUACUGGUGACACGGAAGCUUCGUUGGGUUCCCUUGUCUCCACCGACGUAAUCGUAACCACGCCGGAGAAGUUCGACGUAAUAACAAGAAAUUCGAAUUCCACCGGAACUCAAUCGGAUAACUCCUUUCUUACGAAAGUUAGUUGUGUCAUAAUUGACGAAGUUCAUUUGUUAAACGAUGCACGUGGCUCCGUAUUGGAGAUAGUUGUGGCGCGAAUAUUCAGACUCAUUGAAUCAACCCAAGUGACAAGGAGAAUAGUUGCAAUUUCUGCCACAUUACCCAAUUGGCACGAUGUGGCGGAAUUUCUACGGGUGCAGCCUGAAAAUGCCUAUUAUUUUGGAAGGGAAUACAGGCACGUUCCACUAGAACAGAUAUUUUAUGGGGUCAAAGAUCGCGAUCCAUCAAGCGUUAUGCUGGAUAUAUGUUUCGAACAUAUGAUACAGGUGGUAGAGAAGGGAAAACAAUGCUUAGUUUUUGUUCACUCUAGAAAAGAGACCGUUACUACAGCUUCCAAGCUAAUAGAGAAAAUACAGGCUUCUCUGAGGGCUCAAACUAUGUUUAAACCCAAAAAGGAUGUGUACAGGCAUUUUAAUUCGCCACUGCGCAAGUGCAAAUAUGAGAGCAUAAGUAAAUUCGCUGAAUAUUGUAUAUCUAUUCAUCAUGCUGGAAUGGUGAGGAGGGAUCGUGAUCUUGUGGAGACGAUGUUCAAGGAUGGCCUGAUAAAGGUGUUGGUUUGUACUUCCACUCUUGCUUGGGGUGUUAACCUUCCAGCAAAUUGCGUAAUUAUAAAAGGCACAUUUAUAGGUGGAAUUGGUGUAGAUCGUCACCUUAAUUACUUAGAACUAACCCAAAUAAUGGGUAGAGCUGGAAGGCCGCAAUUUGAUACAUCCGGCACGGGUGUCCUUAUCACAGAGCAGAAAAACAUAAGCAAUUAUGUAAAGAUGCAGACUGAGCAAUUGCCAAUAGAAUCGAGGUUACACCGUCACUUGGAAAAUGCAUUGAACGCAGAAAUUGUAUUGGGAACAGUACUCAGCGAUUCCGACGCAGUUACAUGGUUACGAUACACGUUCCUGUACGUAAGAAUGCGCAAAAAUGCACUAAUAUACGGACUAAAGAGCAACAAAGAGGAAGACGUACUACUACACAUGCAAAGAAUGGUGCGUGAAGCCGCCGGAAAUCUGGACAAGUCAAAAUUGAUUCGUUAUCACGAAAGCAGUGGCGACUUUGCAUCUACCGACUUGGGGAGAAUCGCAUGCAGGUAUUACGUUGAUUUCGAAACGAUAUACAAUUUCGCCAUCUCUUUGAAUCCAGCACUCCAUGCAUCAUCAAUAUCUCAUGAGGACAAAUCCGUGCAUAAGGUGGGCGUAUCUCAUACACGAAAACAGACUUAUAUAAAUGAAGAGUACAUAUUAGAACGUUUGUGUGAAUGCAAGGAGUUUGAAACACUAAUAUACCGUAACGAUGAGUUGGAAGAAUUAAAGGAGCUCAUGGAUGCUAGUAUAUAUAAACCAAGAAGGGGUCUGAACCAUAUCACCACCAAAGUGAGUCUUCUUAUUGAAGCUCAUAUAAGUCGAAAAACAUUAAGGACGUCGAGCCUAUUGAGUGACAUGAACUACGUUAUACAAAAUACCGGGAGACUAUUGCUUGCAUAUUUUGAAGUGUCUAUCUCUGAGAUUGUAUCCGGGCCACCAAUAGGCGACGUUAUAUAUAAGUGGUUCCUUAUGUUUGAAAGGCAGAUCUGGGAUAUAAAAUGCAAACAGAACAGCGUUGUUUAUCAUUUCUGCGACCCUUAUCAUGCAUUGUAUGACAAAACGAAGAUACAAUCUAGCAGGUUGCCUACGUUGUCUACACUAACAGCUUCAAGACUUGUUAAGUACGAUCUAGAUACCCUUAUUAAUUUAACGCAUGCUGAGUUAGCCGACUCAGUUAAGUCCAAACAUGAGGCGUCGACAGCCCAAUCGUAUAUCCGAUUCAUUCCGUACCCUCAAGUGAACUCUUCAUGCCAACCGAUUACCCCACGAAUUGCUAAGGUGAAAGUUACCUUAGCAUUAAAAAAUUGUUGGAGCGCACGAUGGAAUGGCUUAAGUGAAUCGUUUCACGUAUGGAUAUGUUCUGAGGUUCGCAUAAUCAACAAGGCUAGCAUAACUCUUACUGCGGAUAACCAAAGGGAUAGCGUUGAGAUGUUCAUCCCACUUAAAGAAGAGGACAAUUAUAUGACAAUAAAAGUAUUCUCAUGCCGUUGGCUUGGAAUUGUAGUUGAGAAUCCUUUUCUAACACGUAGACUUCAGGUAGCCGAUGAUGGAUACACAAAACUAUUGGACCUCUUACCUCUCCCAACUACCGUGCUGAAAAAUAAUCACUUUGGUUAUCAGUAUAAGUAUUUAAAUCCGUUACAAACGCAGAUUUUCCCUCAUUGCUACUUUAGUGAUGACAAUUUGCUAGUUGGGGCACCAACUGGUUCGGGUAAAACAGCGAUUGCCGAGAUGUCAAUGUUUCGUUUAUGGAGAAGCCAGCCUCAGCAGAAAGUUGUUUACAUAGCGCCUCUCAAGGCGUUAGCAUACGAGAGACUAAAGGACUGGACCAUCAAAUUUGGGAAGUUCAAACGUGUAGUGGAAGUUACUGGUGAUUCGCACGCAACCGCUAGUGAGAUUGCGAGCAGCCAAAUCAUCAUAACAACUCCCGAGAAAUGGGAUGGUAUUUCACGCCAUUGGAAAAACCGUAAAUACGUUCGUUCGGUAGGCCUGUUGGUUAUCGAUGAAAUCCACUUGCUCGGAGAGAGCAGAGGUGCGGUGUUGGAAGCUAUAGUAACCAGGUUAUCAUUUAUUUCAAACUUCAGUGCAACUACUACCCGGCUAGUCUGCCUUUCCACCGCUCUAGCAAAUACAAAAGAAAUAGCGGAUUGGUUAGGAGUUAAACCUACUAAGGCAUUUAAUUUUUCGCCGGCAGUGAGACCUGUCGCAUGCAAACUUUACAUUAAUGGAUUUAACAUAAAAGCAUAUUGCCCAAGGAUGAAUUCGAUGAAUAAACCCGCAUUUUCUACGAUUCUUAGGCAUGACUUGGAUGCACCAGUGUUGGUUUUUGUAUCUUCAAGGAGGCAAACUAGGACUACGGCUCAGGAUUUUUUAGGCCUUAUUCAAAUAAAAUCAGUUAAAUGGAGCCGUGGAAACACAUUAUACGAACCAUUUUGUGACGAACAUUUAAAUAUGUUCGUAGAACACGGCAUAGGCAUUCAUCACGCUGGUUUGCAGGACAGCGACCGCACGCGAAUUGAAGACAUGUUCACCAGGGGACAGAUAAAGGUUCUGAUCGCUACGUCAACCUUGGCAUGGGGGGUUAAUCUACCGGCCAAGAUUGUUAUCAUCAAGGGCACCGAAUAUUAUGACGGCAAAACAAAAAAAUAUGCGGAUUAUUCGGUAACCGACAUAAUGCAAAUGGUAGGACGUGCUGGGAGGAAAAUACACGACAAAGAAGCGUACGCGUAUAUAUACACAGAGUCUCGUAAGGUAGACUUUUACAAAGCUUUCAUGUUUUCACCGUUUCCCGCCGAGUCCUCCUUCCAUGAGCGUAUAGUCGACAGCCUCAAUUCCGAAAUCGCAUCAGGGACAGUAGCUAGUAGUGAACAAGCAUUAGAAUACAUCAGAAAUACAUUUUUUUACAGGCGCUUGCAAAAAAAUUCGACAUAUUAUUUGCAUAUGGAAUUUCUGUCAGGUUGUAACGAGGAAUCCAGCACCGAUGAUAUGGCCCAACGCGUAAUUUGUCUGUGCCUUGAACAUCUAUUAGAUAUUGGCUGCAUAUCAAUAAAUUACAACCAAAGUCAAGCUUUGGGUAAGGAUAAUGUGCUAAUCCCCUCGGUAAUGGGUAUGCUUUCAUCUCAAUACUACAUUUGUACUCAAACAGUGGCAACAUUUACAGUUUAUCUGCAACAAAAUGCCGCAGGUAUCGGCAUAUUCAAAAUGUUACGCGCUUUGGCAAAUGCUAAAGAAUUCGAUGAAGUGCCCUUGAGGCACAACGAAGACUUAUACAACAUGACUCUUUCUUCAACUGCCGUUAUGCCUAUUGCCAGCGCAGACGCAUCUAAUCCGCACGCUAAGACAUUCCUCCUCCUGCAGAUGCGUUUAUUUGGUCUGAAAGCCCCGAUAUUCGACUACAACAAUGAUUUGAAGUCGGUCUUGGACCAGCUGCCUCGUAUAUGUCAGGCCUUGAUUGAUAUUAUUGCCUGUUGGCGUGACUUCCGGUUAAUGCAAUAUACCUUGCUUAUUUACAAGCAUAUUCUUUCCGGAGCCAACUUCCUGGAGCAGCCAUUAUCGUUCGAUGGUGCCGCCGACAUAAUUGUGAAAAUGGUAGAUGUAACGUCAGGAAGAACACUGCAUGGUACAGUACUAUGCAAUUUAGAGAACUGGUAUCAAUAUGACGUAAGCAAUGCGCAUGAGCUCAACGUCAUUAUAAGCAUACGCAAGCUACCAUCCAAUAACGACGUAAACUACUUAACGUUUGGCGAUGAGCGUUCCAACGUACUGUUCGGUUUCAAAAAGCUUACAUCUGCUGGCACCCAUAAUUUCAGGUAUGAAGCCUUCCUACGGCGUCACAGUGCGCAGACUGAAACUCGGUUGUUUGCAAGGCCAUCUCAUUACAAAGGUGAUCCUCACUUCAUGCGGCACCCUACGCUUCGACCAACAACACACCCUGAUACUUUCAACAAGCUAAUCUGA